ACUUCCUUGUUCAUGAAUCCAAAAUUGGAUUUGAUGAGAGGUCUCAGUGCAGAAGACUCCGGAGUCAUGCGAUUGUUCCAGCAGAAUUCCUUGUGACCACACAUAGCGCACAAAACUACAAAUGUAUGCGGAUACAGUGAGAGAGUCGAACGAGGAUUUGAGAGUGGAUGUAUGAAAGAGAAGGAUUGCAAAUCGGAACCAGGCGGGAAGAGUCUCCUCGAAGGCUGUCGCCGUCAGCUGCAUGCCGGAGACGAAAUAGAUUGAGGAAUUGAUUGGCGAGCAGAGUGUUGAAGUAGAGGCAGUGAUGGCGUCGAAUGGAACCCUGGAGAAUGGAUCGAGCGAUAAUUCUAAGAUCGUCAAAGCUUGGCUCUCGUAUUUGGACGAGGCCUUGCAAAAGCAGGACAUCGCGCACCUGGUGACGCUCUUCGACGAGGAAGAAUGUUUCUGGCGAGAUAUGCUGGCAUUCACGUGGAACUUAUACACCGCGGAGUCCAGAGAUGAGAUUGCGGCCAUGAUGAAUUCGACACUGGCGACUGUGAAGCCGAGCGGAUGGGAGCUCGACGGCGAGGUGGAGGAGAAGGGCGGGGCUCUGCAGGUGUUCCUUAAGUUCGAGACCUCUAUCGCAAGAGGCCGCGGUCACCUGCGGCUCAAAGGCGGCAAAUGCUGGACUCUGCUGACGGCCAUGACCGAGCUCAAGGGAUACGAGGAGCACCUGGGCUCGGCACGCCCCAUGGGAGUGAAAAACGAGAACGUCCCCGGUCGCAAGACGUGGCUGGAGGAGCGCAUGCAAGAGCGCCAAGAGCUCGGCUACAAGUCGCAGCCUUACUGCGUCAUCGUGGGGGGCGGCCAGGCCGGAAUUGCCCUGGCGGCGAGGCUGCGGAUGCUCAAUGUGCCCGCCCUCAUCAUCGAGAAGAACGCGCGGCCCGGCGACUCCUGGCGCAAUCGCUACAAGUCCUUGUGUCUGCACGAUCCGGUCUGGUACGACCACUUGCCGUACCUGCCAUUCCCGAGCAAUUGGCCCGUGUUCUCCCCGAAAGACAAGAUGGGAGACUGGCUCGAAGCGUACACGAACCUCAUGGAGCUCAACUAUUGGUCCUCGACGGAAUGCAAGUCCUGCACUUACAAUUCGGCCGACGGCGUCUGGGAGGUGAGCGUCGUGAGGUCGUCGGGCGGCAGCGAGAGCGAGACGAUCCAGCUGCGCCCGCAGCACCUCGUUUUGGCCACCGGAAUGUCGGGCAUGCCCAAUGUGCCGAAGUUCCCCGGCGCGCAGAGUUUCGAAGGCUUGCAGUGCCACUCGAGCAAGUUCCAGACGGCCGACGACUGGAAGGGCAAGCAGUGCGUCGUCAUCGGCUCCAACACCUCGGCGCACGACAUCUGCUCCAGUCUGUGGGAGACCGGCGCUGCGCAGGUGACCAUGGUGCAGAGAAGCUCGACGCACGUCCUGCGCGUCAACACCUGCCUCAACAACCUCGCCCGCGACGGAUAUGGCGAGGGCGGGCCUCCCGUCGACACCGUCGACCUCGCCUUCGCUUCGGUUCCGUAUAAGAUUUUCCACAGCUUUGCCAUACCCGCCAUGCAGCGGAUCGCUAAGGCCGAAGCGCCCUUCUACGAGGGACUCUCCAAGGCAGGCUUCGUGCUGGACUGGGGUGCCGAUGGAUCGGGGCUUUUCACCAAGUACCUGAGACGAGGAGGUGGUUAUUACAUUGAUGUUGGCGCAUCGGAACUCAUCUCGAACGGAUCGAUCAAGCUGAAGAGCGGAGUCAGUGUACAGGAAAUCAAACCGAAAUCGAUCGUUUUUAGCGAUGGCUCCGAGCUGCCCGCCGACCUCAUCGUUUACGCCACGGGCUAUGGCAACAUGAACCAGUGGGCCGCCAAGCUGAUCUCGCAGGAGGUGGCCGAUAAGGUGGGCAUGGUAUGGGGAUUGGGAUCCAACACCACCAACGACCCAGGCCCUUGGGAGAAAGAGCUGCGGAACAUGUGGAAGCCCACUCAGCAGCCUGGCUUAUGGUUCAUGGGCGGAAACCUUCAUCAGUGCCGCCACUACUCCCUCGUCGUGGCUCUUCAGCUCAAAGCUCGACUGGAAGGCAUUCCCACUCCCGUAUACGCCCUUCCCAAGGUCAAUCAUGCUUGAGUCUGACAUUCUCUCUACAGGCUGAGCAUUUCGUUGUCUCCGCAAAUCUCUCCCGCUCUUCUGAAUUACUUGUACAUUUCUAAGCUUGUGUGAAUAAACUAUAAGAUAUUAGCCUGUAGAACAUGGCCAUAUCGCUGAGGACCGAUUGAGCUUGCUGCUGGCCAAAUGAUGGUUGGUGUCACAGUUUAGCCUAACUUCAUGGUUAUCCUAAAUUGCUUCUCUUUUGCUGGCACAAUCUUGUCAUGCUCCCCAUCCCGGGGGAACAGCGAACUUCAAAAUUGUCCAGACAAUAGUGAAGUACUCAGUAAACCCGACUCUCUCGAAGGGUUCAAUCUGAGUUCAAUUAUCGAGGGUGUUUACUGUCGAUAUUUGGAAACUGCCAGCUGCAAUUCACUGUCACUUCCACCACAGACAGCAUCAUUAAGGCAAAUAGACGAGGCUAACUGAUCCCAUACUAGUGCGACAGCUCAAAUUUCACUUAAAAAGUAUCUAGAAGUUUGCAAGUACUUCCGAUAUAUACACUCCCAGGAAACCCUGCACAAGUGAGCCUACACUCCGAAGAAGGGAGAGUCGACUGUCCUGUAGUGUAUCGAACGUGGGGUCUGCCAAAGUAAGAUGAUAUAUAUGUACAUACUGAGUUUGAUAUUAUGUAAGUAUAGAGUAUCGUUCGCGCAUCAUCCUUUCAAAACUGACUGUGAGCCAGAUGGAAGCGAGCGUCAAAUUACUAGCCCU